GUCCCGCCCCCGGCGGAGGGGAAGGGGAAGGGCCAUAAAGUCUCGCGGGAAAGGGCGGGAGGCGGUUUGAAAGAUGGCGGAUGAGGUGGACCAGCAACAAACCACCAAUACUGUAGAAGAGCCACUUGAUCUCAUCAGACUCAGUCUAGAUGAGCGAAUCUAUGUCAAAAUGAGGAAUGACAGAGAGCUUAGAGGCAGACUACAUGCUUAUGAUCAGCACUUAAAUAUGAUUUUGGGUGAUGUGGAAGAAACUGUAACUACAAUAGAGAUUGAUGAAGAAACUUAUGAAGAGAUUUAUAAAUCUACCAAAAGGAAUAUUCCGAUGCUCUUUGUCAGAGGUGACGGCGUUGUGCUUGUAGCUCCCCCGUUGCGGGUUGGUUGAAGCCACAAAGUUGGGAAGUUUCAGACUUUUGGACAGUGGUUCGUGUUUCGAUCAUGUGUCUCAAAAUUCUGUACGUGUUUUUUAUAGGAUGGUUUUGUCUGUUCUUUUGGAAAGGGGAGGGAAGGGGAACCGCUUUGUCUUUCAGAAAGUACAUGUAGUCAAUUGAAGCAGUGUAAAUCCAACCUGAUUUUCUCAGAAUUAAUGUAACUGCUGUAAAUUAGCUGUCUUGUCACAUCAGUAAAAGAAUCUAUAAGGUUUUCAAUCUUGGCAAUAGCACUGUUAUAAUUUUUUGUUUUAAAUAAAUCGGGUUUAUCUUUCA